GCUCGAAAAGAUCACUAUAAUGAAAGAGCUCGACAAUUAAAAGAGGAAUUUAAACAAUCAAAUCCUGAUUUUGUAUAUACACGUCGUGGGACUACUGCUGCUUCAAAAAAGAGGGGUUCAACUUCAUCUGCAACUCCAUCUGUUAAAUCGCCUACCGAUACAAUAGCUGUCCCCCCUCAGGCUACUAAUGUGCCAAUAUCUAAUGGUUCAGUUAACGGAGUAACCCAACAUAAUUCAAACAAUGUAUAUUCUUCUCCACAUCAACAUACACCUACGCCUUCCUCAACUCCUACUCAACAACCAAGAAGUACUCCGGCUACUGCAACUUCACAGACUCAAUCCACUGCACAGCAACCUCAGCUACGGACUCCUCAAACUAUUGGAACUACUUCAACUACACCCAUUUCAUCUGCUAGAAGAGAUCGUAAAUUGAGGAGACCAAUGAAUGCAUUUCUAAUAUUUAAUAAAGAAAUGCGACCAAAAGUUUUAGAAAUGAAUCCUAAUAUGAGUGUUGCUGAGAUUUCAAAAACAAUCGGAGAGAAUUGGCGUAAUAUGUCUGAGAGAUACCUUCAGAAAGCUCGUGAUUUAAAGAGUGAAUUCCAUGAAUCACACCCUGAUUUCGUUUACACUCGUAGAUCAAAGGCUGAACUUAUUGCUGCUGGUCAUCAUAGUUAUUCCAAAAAACGUAGUUUCCCUCAAAAUGAAAAUUCUGAUUCUGAAGAAGAUCCUCGUUCUUCACAUGGAAAUAAUAUUCGUGAUGGCUCACCAUCAACUUCUCCACAAAAAGAUCCUCGAGGUCGUAAAAAGAAACGAAGUCGUCAUCCAACAGCUCCUAAACAUCCAAUGUCUGGUUUCUUAUUUUAUGCAUUAGAAAUGAGACCUCAUGUUGCUGAACAAAAUCCUGGUAGUACGGUCGGUCCAAUUAGUAAAAUUAUUGCUGGUCAUUGGAAGAAUUUAACACCCGAACAAAGAGCUCCUUGGGAGAAAAAAGCUUCUGAUGACAAAGCUCGAUAUGCGAGAGAAAUGGAGCAAUAUCUACAAUCUCAAAAAGAUGAAGA